UUGUUCACAUCAGAUGAAACAACCAAAUGCUGCCAAGAUGGAUAUAUCAAAAUUAGUAUUCAUUAUCAUUUGUCUGCCAUCAGCAUUUGCAAUAGAUGAUGAAAGAGUUUUAUCAAAAAAUAAUCAAAAUUCAGGCUGUCAGUACGGAUUAUUUGGUAAAUACUGCACCAAGAAUAUUCCAGAAAAUCGAUAUUGCGUUGGCGCAAGUGGACCCCAUGGAGAUUACAAUUUUUUAACUGGACUUUGUUUAAAUGGAUGCGCAUUUGCAGGACAGCAACCUCCUUAUUGCGAUCGAGAUUGCGACGAUGGCAAAUAUGGUUUCAAUUGCACACUAAACCAACCCACUAGAACAUGUUUUGGCUCAGGACGUUACGGAUCUUACAACAAAGAAACAGGGAACUGCAUCAAUGGUUGUGCCAAAUCAGGUCUUCAGUCUCCAGGGUGCUCACAAGCAUGCGAAUAUGGAAAAUUUGGGAUGAAUUGCGGCUACAGCUUUACAAAACGUGUAUGCGCCGGUGCAGAUGGAAAUUACGGUAACUAUGACGUAUCAAAUGGAAAAUGCUUGCAAGGGUGCGUGGAACGCGACCUCAAAUUUCCUGAAUGUGUACAAGAGUGUGAAAACGGAAAGUAUGGACUAAAUUGUGCCUCUCAACUCGCACCUGGAAUGUGCGCUGGACAGGAAAUAGGAAAUUACAAUAAGACAAAUGGGCACUGCAAGAGCUGCGCAAAAAUUGGCUUUAAAUUGCCCUUUUGUAAUCAACGUUGCGACUCUGGAUUGUAUGGGCUUAAUUGCGACUACUCUGUAGGGGACAAGUGUUUAAAUGGCAAAUACGAUACGAUAACAGGGAACUGCACCGUUUCUUGUACGCAUUCGGGGUUUCAAUUUCCCUCGUGUGAAAAAGAAUGUGAGGGAGGAAAAUACGGAAUAAACUGCAGGGAGCAACUAAGAGAGAAGAAGUGCUCAGGUGCAGGAAAUUACGGCGAUUACAACAAGGCAAACGGAGAAUGUGUGCAAUCGUGUGCAAGGCCAGGCCUCCAAUUUCCACAUUGCAAAAAGGAGUGUGAUGGAAGAAAAUUUGGACUCAAUUGCAACGAGAUUAUUAAGUCCGGGGCUUGCGCAGGAAAAACGGAAUUUGGAGAAUAUGAUAAAGUGAAUGGAAGUUGCAGUUUGGGUUGUAAGGAGAUUGGCAUUCAACCGCCAAAGUGUAUCAUGGAAUGUGAUGAAGGAAGCUUUGGAAUGAACUGCAAUGAAAAAUUCGACCCGUCUGUUUGCGUGGAUGAAUCUUAUAAUCGCACCACAGGCUUUUGCUUAAAAGGGUGCUCUCGUGAGGAUUUGAUACCUCCAAGUUGCAUGGAAGAGGGAAAAAAUUCAACACUGAUUGGAAUAAUCAUUACUGUCCUCGUAGUCUUGAUUUUGGUAAUGGUUGCAACAUUUAUUGCUAUUCAUAAAUGGAAAUUAAAAUGCUGGUCCAUAAAUACAAUCGAGACUUCACCGAACGAUAAAGAAGCAGAGUACGAAAUGUUCGAUCUUGUUAUGGGGCCUUCAGCUCCACUGGUUCCAUCUCGGCAGGACGAUUUUUCCACCCUUGUUAACAUUUCAAACUUUGACGAGUAUUUGGAAAAGGUUUUUGAAUUUGACCUUAUUAAAAAACAGCAUAGAAUGAUUGCACGAGAAAAAUCCAAACCUUGCAACGCUGGAAAAUCACGUGAAAAUAAAUUAAAAAAUCGAUUUGGAAAUUUGGCCGCCUUUGAUGAGACAAGAGUGAAACUUUAUUUCCAAGCAGGGAUUGACCAAAAUGACUACAUCAAUGCUAAUUUUAUUGAGGGUUACAAGAAGGCCAAAGCAUACAUCGCCACGCAAGGUCCAAAGGAAAACACGCUGAUCGAUUUCUGGCGAAUGGUAUGGCAAGAAAAAGUGUCCUUGAUCGUGAUCCUCACUGACUUAAUUGAGAGUGGACAAAAAAAGUGCGAAAAGUACUGGCCUGAAGAGCAACAAUCUUUCCACGCCGAGGGUCUCCAGGUUCUACACGUGAAAGAGGAAAAUUUCCCCGAUUACAUAAUGCGUACUUUGCGACUCAAGAACGGAGAUCAAAAUCGAGCAGUCGUGCAAAUGCACUACACGCAAUGGCCUGACCACGGAGUGCCAAUGUAUGCUCAGUCUCUUGCUAGUUUCUCCGAAAGAAUCUCAGAUAUAAAUUCAGAUGCACCGAUUUUAGUUCACUGCAGUGCUGGUGUUGGCCAGACCGGGACUUUUAUUCUAAUUGACAUUUGUUUGAAAAUGGCGAGAGUGGAAGGUUCCUUUGAUGCAUUUGAGACUCUGAGCAAAAUUCGUUCCCAGAGGGCAAUCAUGGUCGACAAAGAGGUCCAAUUUCGGUUUGCCUACUUGGUCCUAUAUGAAAUCCUAAGUGUGCCAAAAUAUGAUGUGUCAUGCAAGGAAUUUGCAAAAGAGAUGAAAAAUUUAAUGUUGAACAAUAAGAGUUUGCUCAAUUUUCGUUGGUUGGAGCUCAACAAACUUUGCGAGAGUGAGUGGAAGCGAAUUCAAGCAGGAGAUUCAGCACGAGCUGAGGGUUGCAGAUUUCAACUAAGCAUCGAUGCAUCGGAUUUGUAUGCGAAAAUUGGUCCAACUUAUCCUUUGGCUGAAUAUUCAAGUUUCAUCAAUGCCGUAUUGGUUGAUGGUUUCAAAAAGAAGGACAAGUUUAUUUGCACAAAAACGCCUUUAGAAAAUACAAUUGGGGAUUUUUGGCGAAUGGUAGAUCAGUAUAAAGUGGAACACGUGAUCAUAUUGAAUGAUUUGGACCAAAAAGAGAAAUCUUUCCUACCUUUGGUUGAAGGCCAGAAACUCGUUGUUGGCGACAUGUUUUUGACCCUGAUAAAAACUUAUCAGUUUAAAAGCUGCUCAAUCUUGGACAUCGAGCACUCAAGGGGAUUCGUGAAAGUGGUUUGCUUCUCUGGCUGGCCGUCGGAAAAAUCAACAGUUCCAGAAAUCGAGUCGUUGGUGGAAUUGUGGGAUCAAACAGAAAUCGCAAGUUUGGAGAAGACGAGUGUUUUGGUUUGCAACGACGGAAUUACGGCUUGUGGAUUUUUCGCGGCGCUGGGUUUUGUAAUUCAGAAAAUCAAACUGGAGCAAAAAGUUGACGUGGCCAUGGCCGUCAGGUGCACUCGAAGUGCCAGACCUCAAUUCGUAGCAGGAAUUGACCAAUUCGAGACGCUCUACAAAGGUGCCUUCAAAUAUUUAGAAAAGUUUAACACUUACGGAAAUUUCAAGUAAUUUUUAUUUAAAUUGAAUGGUAACACUCGA